GGGGCGGGGCGGCGGGGCAGUGACUCCGGCGGGGCCGGCGCGGAGCACCCCACAGCCGGUGCGAGCGGCGAGCCGAGCCGAGCCCAGCCGAACCGAGCCGACACCAUGCCCAAGUGCCCCCGCUGCCAGAAGGAGGUCUACUUCGCUGAGAAGGUGACUUCUCUGGGGAAGGACUGGCACCGGCCCUGCUUGAGAUGCGAGAAGUGUAACAAGACCCUGACGUCUGGAGGCCAUGCAGAGCACGAUGGCAAGCCGUACUGCAACCACCCCUGCUAUGCUGCCUUGUUUGGGCCCAAAGGGUUUGGCCGGGGAGGAGCUGAGAGCCACACGUUCAAGUAAACCUCAGGUCUGACAGCCAGGGUUCCCAGCACGGCCCGAAGACAGCACAAACGCACUGCGACAGACAUGCAUUUUUGUUUUUAAUUCACUCUGUACUAGACUAGCACGUUAAAAGCAAUAGGUAACCAAGGCUGGGGCUGGUGUGGAGAGGGACUCUGCUCCAGAUGGAGCGCUGCCAGGGUGGGGGCGUUGGGACGCCCUGCCGGAUAGGAAAUUUGGCCGGUAUUGCUGAAGGCCGCCUGGAGAGGAGACCGCACCCUUCCAGCUAAAACCCAGCUCUGCUUCUGGCACCCAGCUCUCGUGGGUGGGCCCACAGUUGUAUUUUCAGUCUUUAAUAAACCCAGACCGAAAGAUGCUUC